UCGCCAGGACUGUGAAAAACGAAGAGGCGCGUUUCAUUCGUAUUUAUUACUCUGGAGAAACCCUAGAUUUUAAUUCACCACUCUCCGGUUUCUCUCUAUAAAAUCUCCUCUCUCUCUCUCCGUCUCGAAAGAUGGCUAAGAAUCGGGAACCCGAGAAGCCGGUGGAAUCGGAAACGGAAUCAGGGGAGGAAGAAGAUUCUGAAGACGCUGGCUCGCAGGAUUCCGACUCCGAACCCGAUCUGGCGCAAGUUAGCAAAAAGCCCUCAUCCUCAACACAAGCAACUCCCAAGAAAGCCCAACCUCAGUCCUCCUCUAAACCCCAACCGCAGCCGCAGCCGCAGCCGCAGCCGCCUUCAUCCUCUGAUGAGGAGGAGUCUGGAUUUGACUCCGACGAAUCAGACCCGAACGUCAAGCCCAUAGCAUCCAAGCCCAUGGAGAAUGAACAGAAAUCCACUGACGGCGCUAGGAAGCUCAGAUCCAAGCCCAUUGCCUCGGAUCUCGUAACUCCUGCUAAAUCCACCGCCGCAAAACGCCCUGCCGAAGAGAAAGAAACGGACGCUAAGGAUGCUAAGAAGAAGAAAAAGGCCAAGCCCGACACUACUGAGAAAAAGUCUACUGAUGAUUCGAAGAAACUGCUUUUCCAGAGGGUUUGGAGUGAGGAUGACGAGAUUGUGAUUUUGCAAGGGAUGAUAGAUUAUGUGACCAAGAAGAAGUCCGAUCCGGUUGCUGACUUGAAUGCUUUUCAUGAUUUUAUUAAGAAGAAUUUGCAUGCGGACAUGACUAGGACUCAAUUGCAGGAUAAGAUUAGGAGGCUGAAGAGGAAGUAUCAGAACAAUAAGAGCAAAGAUAAGACCUUCUCGAAGCCACAUGAGCAGAAAGCUUACGAGUUGUCCAAGAAAAUUUGGGGGAAUGAGAGUGGGAAAGAAAAUGGGGUUGAAAAACUGAUGGGGAACGGUAGUGCACUGAGGAAGAAUCGAGGCAAGAGGCCUAACACGGUUGAAAAUGAGGAAGCUAAGGAUGUGAAUAGUGAUCCGGAGAGGCUGUUGCCAGCCAAGCGAGUGAAUUCUGGUGGUGUGACUGUGGAGGAGAGGAUUUGGAGGAUUGGGGCAGAGUAUUUUGAAAGCGGAAAAGGGCUCGAGGGGGAAAAAGAAUGGAAGAAGCUGAAAGUCGAGGAGAUGGAGGUCAACCUGAGGCAGUUGGAGGUAAAAACUGCACAGGCAAAGCUUGUUCUGGAUGCUGUGAAGUCCGGGUCACUGAAGCUGUAGACAGGUUACGUCAUAUUAAUGCCUUGGCAGUGUUAUAACUGUAGGAUUUUGGGUAAUCUGUGUCUAUGCUAUGGAAGGAUUGUUAAGCUAAUUCUAGUUUUUGGGUAAUUUGUGUCUAUGCUAUGGAUGGAUUGUUAAGCUAAUUCUAGUUUAGGUUUCGUAUUUGGUCUUAAGUCCUUUUGUGGUGGAACCCCUCAUGUUAUGUAUAAUGAACUACUUUGGUGUUUAUCUUAAAAUGGUUGAAGGUUCUUUGGAUGUG